UUACCUUAUUAUUUAUUUAUUUCUUUGUUUAUUAUUUACACUCAAAAAUGGAGAAAAUUAAUGAAGACCUGUGGCUUAAAAUCCUCCAGUUUCUGCCCAUGAUCGACCAGAUAUCUUUGGCCCAGGUGAACGACAGUAUCCGGGAAUACGUGAAGUACUACUGGCGGCUCAGCAAGUCGGUCACGCUGACCGGCGAUGUCAUGGAGCUCUUCGGUGCCCACGAGCCGCUGAUGCUGGAGGGACUGGAGUGCUGGUCGGGUUCGGUGAAGAGCCUGAAGAUUAGCAGGGGUAGCAUGGAGCUGCUGAAGAAGUGGACUCCAUACAGCUUUCCGCAGCUGCGGACGCUCGCCUGCGAAAUGGACUACAAUCUGGAGGAGGCGGACGAUGAGACACUGCUCCUAACAAACCUGUUCCCGCUAUUGACACGCCUAACGCUCACCAGCAGCACCACCGGCUGCCACUUGUGGCGCUGGAAGCUGCUGAAGGAGCUGCAUCUGAUCUGGUGCGAGUACCUGGACACGGACACCUUCAAGGAGAUCUUCAGCACGCUGCAGCUAACGAAGCUAACACUGCUUUACUACGGCUACAAUGUCACUUUGGGCGAGGAUGUGCUGGAAGCCGCCCGGUGUUCCACGCUAGAGGAGCUCCAGAUCGAUGAUCACCACCUGCUGGGCGACUUUCUGCCCCAGCUGCUGCGACUGCCCAACUUCCGGCGCCUCUCCUUCUACACGCGCGACUACUACGAGUACCUGCUGGAUUCGAUAGCCAAGAUCCAGCCGCUCAAGGUGCGUUCGCUGCUCUUCCACGACUCCUACUGGAGCAGUGAGCUGGUCACGGACGCCAUCGAAGUAAUGAGGAAUCUGCGCAGGCUGGUACUGCAGGACGACGACAUCGAAUCGCAGCUGCUGCACACCAUCUGCCACAAGCUGCCGCAUCUGGAAGAGCUGCAUCUACUGAAGAUGCGCGACCUACCCUCGCCCGUUCAGCUGUGGAAGAUGGUAGGUGCCUGCCCCACGCUCAGGAUUCUUAACCUGUCGUCCACAAAGUUGUGCUAUCAGAUGGUCCAGCCCAGUACAACCAUGGCCAAAGUUCUGCUACAUCGCAAUGCUCCGCUGACUCUGCAUCUCCACGACACUGGCUUGGACCCCCAAAGGGUCCUACCUGACCUUGAGCAUCCCAACUUAAAAAUCUCAUUCGAGCCCAUUGAGCUGAAUAUUUGGAGCUCGCGUUUUGUUGAAAUUGAAUUCAAUCCUGACUCGUAAAAAUAUAUGGCCUUCUCUUCUGUUUAAAAUGUAAAUUUCUGUCAUACUUGCAAAGUAUUAGCCUUAUCAAAAACCUAAAUACUGUGUUUUUGUCUAAUUUUGUAU